CGGAUAGCGGGGAUAGGACGUUUUGAUGUUGUCGGAACGCUCCAUCAACCCUUCGUCGGACGGUUCCCGCGGUCUUCGCUUUCCGACAGAUGUUCGGGUCAGCGUCCUUGAUUAUCAAAGGAUUGGAAGGGCUUAGGAGACCUCUCUAUGCUACAAUACGUCUUGGAUAUCGCCGUGGUACAGAGAGCGGAGAGGUCAUGCUGUAUCGAAAGUUGCUGCGAGGAAGGUACAAACGACUUUCAGGACAUGGUGUGGCUGCCUAUGGCUGUCGAAGGCUGGUCGUCAUUACAUACAUGGCGAUGCUGCUGUGACCUUGCUAGCAGCUUCCUAUUCUGAUGGCCACGCUGCAAUCUUACUUUCUAUGCCAUUCGACUUCCCCUCUCUCGACGAACUCUUUUGCAAUUGUUUUGAUCAGUAUGGUAUUGUCCGUCUGAGCAGUUCAACUUUUGGAUAUUUUCAGUAUGGGUAACCAGGCCGCAGAAAGACAAACGGUCCUUUGGGACGACAGUCGGGCUCACUAUUACAAAGUCUGGAAGGAAGCCUGGGAUUCUGGAUACUAUCGCCGAGGUGGCAAGCCUGUCAAACCUACCAUCGAUUUCGACGAAGACCAACUGAAGCGAUGGGAUGACCAGGCGAAAUCCAUCUACAAUCACGUAACCUCAGAUUCCGAUACGUGGAGUGAACAAAGGAGGAGACACCUCGCCAGACUUGACAAUGGUGCCACCAUAGCUGCCGAACGAGCCAUGACUCGAGCCAGCUUGCAGUCGUCAUCGGAACUCGAUCGUUCUGAUAGCAGUGCCAGGCAAAAACGAGGCAACCCUUCAGGUCCGCAGCCACGCAACCCUGCCUCCUGGGUCCGAACAACGCGACGGUACAAACCAGGCCAUGGCUUGCUGAACAAAACUUUGCGUAGCUCGACUCCAACCCGAAUACCUGGACCGCUUGAUCGCCGUGGCCGAAACACUGGACCCGGAAAAGCUCGAGAUCCUUCCGAUGAAUCGACAACGGAGACAUAUGGGGCUUUGCCUUCCUCAUACAGAAAAUUGCGAAAAGCGAAAUCUUUGUUCUCGCCAGGUACGCAUUGGGAAAGAAGUCAACACAGCUCAUGGUCAAGUCCUCGGGCCACGGCGCGAACACUUCGAAGCGUCACAAGUUCAGCGGUUCUUCCGACAAACAACCUUCGCAUUCGUCUCAAGCGGUCUCUAACGUUCCUACGUCCCAAGAGCACGCUCACGAUGCGCACAGAGGCUGAGCGUGAAUGGGGUGGUCGUGAAGAGGCGGUACAAAUGGCACGAGCUCAAUUCCUUGAUGAAUUGGAGCACCAAAGGCUGCAAGAGAGGGAAUCGACGCCGAUCAAGAUGAAGUUGAAGAUAUAUCACAAACUCGGAGCUACGACAAACAAGCCUGAUCAGUCUCAGAAGCUGGAAGGUUCACCGGCCGGAUCUGGUAGUCUACCUCGAUCCCCAGAUAGGUGUUCAACCAAAAGGUCAUUCUCAGCUUCUCUCCGCAAACGAUUUCGGAAGGUAUUGGGUAAGUCCACCACAACUAAGGACACUAUCCCGCCGCAGCAGCUCGAGGCUCGAAGAAGCCAUUACUUGGACUUGGAAGAUAAUACUGGCCAACCGAGCGGCUUCGACUCCUAUGUUGUAUCAGAUGCAACACAAACCGUGCCGCCCAGCGUGUACCUCCCAUUGAGUUCAGAAUAUGAUGCGGUGGAAGACCUUGACAAGUUUUCAGAAACCCUACAUUCAGUCGCAAGCCGAGAAUCACUUCAUUCGAAUGCUCGCUCCCGUGUAACGAGCUGGACGGACUCCACCAUGACCGGCUCCAUCGGGCUGCGAUCUGGGCCAAUUGACCGGAACAGAUUAUCGGUCAUCAAGGAGGACGGUGGCCCUCACCAGCCUUCUUCCUCAGCAGGCCGGCACAUUGGGGGCGUGGAGGUCUUCAGAGAGCCGUUGCAAUCCGUGUCGAAUGACGGCCGUGUUCUGCCUCCGGUGGACAGCCAGCGUGUGUAUUCAGCUUUGAUCAAACGCAUUAGCCAAGAAGAAGAUGAGAUGGAAAGGACCAGAGUCGCACUGGAAGCGAUCAACGAGACCAGUACAAAGCCCACGAUCAACUUUGACAGACCGACAAUUCGGGCGGUGCGUAGCGACCCGUCUCUGGCUGACCGCGUUAGCCUGGCGCCGGAUGAUCAGCACAGAGAAUUCAGUCUUACAUCGUAUUCACGGCGUGAAACGGAGAAUGCAACGAACUCCGGCGAAGAUGAACACCAUGUCGAAAAACGAAGGGAUCGAUUGGCCAUGCAGGAAUCACAGUCAAGUUUUUUCCCUUUCUCCCUGGAGAAGAAUCCUGGUGCUCCGAGUCCAUUCAAGAAGUUGCUUAGAGAGAAACGAUUCCACGGAUCCAGCACCAAUUGGACCAAUAGAUCGGAAACGGACAGCAGCAGCGUCAUCGUGAAAUCUAAAGCGACGAGUUCUAUGAUGAAUCGUCCUCGCUUUGGCUUCAGCAGCGAAAGUAUUUACUCGCGAACAACCAAUGGCGGUAUCAACGAACAAUACAUUUCACCAAUUGGGAGUUCGGACGACCUUGGCAAUAUGAGUUACCCGGAACGUGCUGGGAUGGCGACAAUUUUCCCUGUGGAAGGUGCACGCUCCCUCUCGGACGGCACGAUCCACCCAGGUGUAGGAAAGGCCCAGGUUCCGGAAUGGAAUCCUUGGUCAGAAACACUGAAUGCAAUGACGUUGGGAGAAGCAAAUCAAACAUGCAGCCACACGCGGGAGCAGGCACAGAUCGACUCGGAACACGAGAUCAAACCUGUUCAGCAUAACGGUCGCCGGCUCUCGUCCAAUUCGGCUACUGCCACAAACAACGAUCACUGCCCUCUGUUGGGUUUGAGGACAGUGCCCAGCAGCAACACUCCUAAGGCAAAAAGCACGAUCAGUGUCCGGAAAAGCCGUAAGGUCUUUAUAGAAGACUCUGGGGCAAAUGCACUUAGCAGUAUCUCCAACAAGGCCAACGAUGACAGUAGGGCCAACAGCAGUUUGAGGAAGUUAAGCCCAAGCAAUCUCGGCAAAUUGCUAAAGGAGAAGAAGAGUCACAUUUCAAUCCGGAAAGACCGUGCAGACAAGGAAAACAUACCAACUGAAGAGAAUGAUUCCCCGCCUGUGUCUACUCCUGGACGGCCACAGUUACAAUUUCGCGCCGGAAAUACAACUGGGCGGCUGAGGAAAAGAGCCAGUAAGAUGGCUUUCAAUUCUCAGAGAGGACCAUACUCGACGCCUCAGAGCGCUCCAAAAUCGAUUUCGACAACUCCAAGCCGUUUCGAGGACAGCCCAUGUGAAAAGGUGAAGGACCAGCUGGUCGCCCGGCUCAGUCGGCCCUUCAACAUGGAGGUCCCUCCUCAUAACCGCCCAUUUGACAGCACUUAUCUGGGGAAGAGGACGCCGGGCCACCCUGACACCAUGGGAGAUCCUCGUCUCAGCGUCGCCCGGCCUGUAGCGGAAGUCUCUGAAGGGUUGCUUUUGCCGAGUCAGCAUGACUCAAGCGCAGUGAAAGCGACUGACCUGCAAUGGGGAACGCUGCCUGUGGGCCGUAGUGCUUCCAAGGUAUUGGGCAUGUUCGGCAGUAAGAGGAUGGUCAGCAACUUCUUGAAAAGCCGGAAGAUUUCAAAAAGUACCAGCGAGGAUGGCCAAAGUGUGCAUGGGGGAAGUCCUGCUUUCAUCUGAGACGACCUGUGAACGAACGUAUAUGUAUGCAGCGCAAAGCAUCGGACAGCAUUGGAUUAAGCCUGGUUGAGAGGCUCAAGGAAUCACCCUUCGUUUUCAAUGUAGCAUGGGACUGUGCGGAGUGCAUUGCAGACUUUGGGCUUCAGGAGAGCAAUAGCAAUAACCAAGAUGAUAUAGAG